AUGACAGAUUACAGAGUUGAGAGGAGCAGUAUCAGUGAUGAUGAGACUAAAACAAAACAGGGAGACUCACAAAAUAUACCUGGUAACUGGUCAGGCGCCAAGUUCAUCAUGCAGUGUAAAGAGAGUAAAUACAAGAAGGAUAUGUCAUUUAUAGCAAAUGCAGUGAUUAGAAAUAAAAGAGACUCUUGUUUCAGGCUAGUGACCAUAUUUGGCUCUUUGGAUAUAAAAGUUAAAUACCUAGGGGGGGGCUGUCUCUAUCAAUACAUAUCUGUAUAUUUAUAUUUUCAGAAAUUAGAAGAAGUAGGGCAUGAAAUAUAUUCUGAUGGCUGUAGCUGUGGUUGGGACACAUCACAGUUACCAGAAUCACAACACAGUGAUAUCCAUAGAUAUACAUCAGGCACUGUUGUCAGAUGGGUUCAGGGAGAAUGCUAUGUGCUCUUGGCAUCAACUGAGGCUGAUGCAGAAAUGUACCAUGACACAGAGCAAGAAGGACAGGCAGAUGAAGACCAAGAGGGAAAACAUGAAGGAGGUAGGGACAGCAUAGAAGAUUCCUAUGCACAAGAAUAUGCCAGCAGUGAGAAGGAUAGUGUCCAUGACAACAGUCAUCUUGACCAAGAAAGAUGUGAUGACAGUCACUUUAAAGACCAGGAAGAGUCUAUUUCUCCCAGUGCUUCUAGCUGCAAAAGCUCAAAGGAAAGGGAGGAUUUGCCAAGUGGAGAGGAAAAUGAAGAGAGUGAAGACUGCCUGUGCUCUUCCUCAGCAUUACAUGACACAAACAAUCCUGUAAAUAUGACAGAUUACAGAGUUGAGAGGAGCAGUAUCAGUGAUGAUGAGACUAAUAAACAAAAACAGGGAGACUCACAAAAUAUACCUGGUAACUGGUCAGGCUGCCAAGUUCAUUCAUGCAGUGUAAAGGAGAGUAAAUACAAGAAGGAUAUGGUUCAUAAAAUGAACUUUGAGACAUUUAACCAAGGAAAGAAUCACCCCGACAGAGAAGAAUCUGCAGACCUUUCCUAUGGAGGAGAAGACUUGCAAAAAACUAGUGUCAUUAAACAGGAAGUAGAAAAUCUAGAAGAAAGUAUUUCUCCAAAUUCUGAUGCUACAAAUGAAUUUUCAGAAGGAGCUGGCCAUGAGAUCAAUGAUGAAGAACAUGGUGAUAUCAGAACAGAAGUUGACUUACCCUCACUUGAAAACCAAAAAUUUCCAUUGCAGAAAACCAACAAUGGUAAUGAGGAGAUUAGAAGUUACUUGGAAAAUGAAAAUUUAGAAGAUUAUAGGGACAAUAGAAUAUACAAAGGAGCAAUAAGAAAAACUUCAGUUAGUCAGCAGGAAGAAAAUGAGAAAGGAGAAAGCACUGAAGACAUGGAAUUUGAGAAACAAGAUUAUGUUGCCUUCAGUGAAAGCAAGAGUGAUAAUGAAGCAACAAGUGAUAAUGAGAUGAAUGAUGAAAUGGCAAGUGAGACAGCCAUGAGUGAAGAUGAAAUGAGAGAGCCUGUUUCUGACCACAUGGAUCACCUUCAAGAACAGCCUGAAGUUAUUGGUCCGCCGGAGUCUAAUAGGGAGCCUAGCUUAAGAGAAGGCUUAUGUGAAGACAGCAUUGAUGGGGAUAACAGCUGUACUCUCAUCAUCCAUGAGGAGGAGACAGUUGAGGGCCUCUCCAGCUCACACUUCCAAAAGGAUGGAGAUUCACAGGAGAAUAUGAAUUGCAUUUUAGAGGAUAGAACUAAUAGGAUAAUGAAUGAUCAUGAAGAUGCACAGAGUUCAGAUGCAGUUGAUAUUCCCUUUGGAUAUUGUUCAGUGCUCAAGGAUAAAAAAAUGGAAAUCUUUGGCCUGCAGGACCAGACCAGUUUGUGCAAUAGCAGCACCUUGCAGUUACAGAAAAAGGAAAGUAAGGGGAACUAUGUAGCUGAACAGCAAAAUGAGUUUGAGGAUGAUGAUGAAAGCGAUGAUGACUCCAGUUCCGUCACUUCCAGUAGCUCCUCAUCAUCUUCCUCCUCUUCUAGCUCUUCAUCAAGUAGUGAUGAUGAUGACAGGAUAAGUUUCAAGCAGAGAGUGGAAAGAGCUGCCCAGGCUGCCAGAGACCAAGCUGCACGUGAAGCAGAGGCAUCAGCAGCUGCUCUAAUGUCUGCACUGACAAACGAUCAUGUCCCAGACCAGAGCACAGAGAUGCAAAUCAAGGAGCAGUUGACUGAACCACCCAUACAACCUCAAGAGUUACCAGGUCAGACCAAGCCAGAUAAUGCACCAAUCUUAGAGCACAUGGAUUCAGACUCGGCAAGAUCUUCUCCCUCAGAAGACCUGGUCCAGCACAGCGAAGACACAGUAGCUGCCGCGGCUACAAGCUCAGUUUCCCAUGUGUAUGUAGAUCCCCCUGCAGGCUCCCUCCCUCUGACACACCACCUCUCUUGUCAUGAACCCCCUGACAUGUCACACAGUGGACGCGAUCCAGCUGACCUCCAGGCAGCACAAGGUCUGGCAGACUUGCAGAGGGGCCAGAGCUUGAGCCUGAGCAACAAUCCUACAGGCACUGCAUCCAGCUCCAUGACUUUUAUGGUCAAUGAACUACAAGAGAUCCCUCUUGAAAUCAGACGAUCUGUUAGUGGCAAGGGCCUUGAAUGUGUUGUGUGUGGGAAGGUGUUUAACCGCAAGUUGAAGUUAAAGCAGCAUCACCGGACACACACUGGGGAGAGACCCUGGGGAUGCACCACUUGCGGAAAGUCUUUCAGCACUUCAGCUUAUCUGCAGAAGCAUCGCCUGACUUGUCACACUCCAGCACACCAAAGACAGUUUUCUUGUUAUGUGUGCCAUAAGGGCUUUGGAUUAAGAAGUGCUCUACAGGCACACCUUGCAACACAUGCAACAAACAAGCCAUUCACCUGUGACAUUUGCGGGCAGACAUUUGCUCUCAAGCACACAAGAGAUACCCACAAGGCACAACACACAG